AUGAGCUCUACGGAAGUAGUAUGUUACUCGUCCUUUUUUCUCCUCCCUCUUCAACAAGCAAGCUUUGACUAACAUUCAUUUCCCCUUUUUUUAUUUGGAAAUAGACCCCCUCGCUUGAGAUCGAUGAGAAUCACCUUCCCAGCAAACCAAAUGCAACCAGAUACUUCACCCGGUCCGAGAAGCAACAAGUAGACAUUGAGAAAACCAGCAACCGAUUCAAGUACUUGCUUGGUCUCACUGGUCUUUUCCGCCACUUUAUCGAGGCCAAAGCCAGCAAAGACCCCCUUUUCAGGAAAAUCGUCGAUGACAUCCACGCACUGGAGUUGAAAUCGCAGUCGAAAAAGGACUCCGAUUCGCAUAGAAGGAGGAAAACGGAAAAGGAAGAAGAUGCCGAAUUGCUCAAGGAGGAAAACUUGAGUAAGCGGAGGUUUGAGUUUAGCGAGAGUCCUGGCUACGUGCAUGGCAAAUUGCGGCCUUACCAGGUGCAAGGUUUGAAUUGGCUCGUCUCGUUGUAUGAGAAUAACUUGUCAGGUAUUCUUGCCGACGAGAUGGGGUUGGGGAAAACGUUGCAGACGAUUUCGUUUUUGGGGUACUUGAGAUUUAUGCGUGGCAUCAAUGGGCCGCAUUUGGUGAUUGCGCCCAAAUCGACGUUGGACAAUUGGUUUCGCGAGUUCAAGAGAUGGAUUCCCGAGAUUAAUGUCUUGGUGUUGCAAGGGGAUAAAGACGAGAGAGCCAAUGUGAUAAAGAGCAGAGUCAUGCCUUGCGAUUUCGAUGUCAUUGUGGCUUCGUACGAGAUUGUUAUUCGAGAGAAAUCCACACUAAAAAAAUUUGAUUGGGAGUAUAUUGUCAUUGACGAGGCUCAUCGAAUCAAAAAUGAAGAAAGUCUAUUGUCGCAGAUUAUUAGAGUGUUGCAUUCAAAGAAUAGAUUGUUGAUUACCGGGACCCCGUUGCAGAACAAUUUGCGCGAGUUGUGGGCAUUGUUGAAUUUCAUUCUCCCUGAUGUGUUUGCAGAUAACGAGUCUUUUGACGAAUGGUUUCAGAAAAAUAACGAACAGAGCGAAGAGGAUCAGAAAGUUAUCCUGCAACUUCACAAAGUGUUGAAACCGUUCCUCUUGAGGCGAAUAAAAGCCGAUGUUGAAAAAUCGCUCUUGCCCAAGAAGGAGAUGAACAUUUACACCAAGAUGACCCCCAUGCAGAGAAACUUGUACCAAAAGAUUUUGGAAAAGGAUAUCGACGCCGUGAAUGGCGCCAACAAAAAGGAGUCUAAGACGAGGUUGUUGAAUAUAGUGAUGCAGUUGCGAAAAUGCUGCAACCACCCGUACUUGUUUGAAGGGGUCGAGCCGGGGCCUCCAUACACCACCGAUGAGCACUUGAUCUUCAAUGCUCAAAAGAUGAUCAUUUUGGAUCAACUUUUGAAAAAAUUCAAAGCAGAAGGAUCGCGAGUGUUGAUUUUCUCACAAAUGAGUCGAAUGUUGGACAUUUUGGAAGAUUAUUGUUUUUUCAGAGAGUUUGCCUACUGCCGAAUCGACGGCCAGACCGAGCAUACUGAUCGUAUAAAUGCAAUUGACGAGUAUAACAAUCCAGGCAGCGAGAAGUUUGUAUUUUUGUUGACAACAAGAGCCGGUGGGCUCGGUAUCAAUUUGACUUCGGCAGACGUUGUCAUAUUGUUUGACUCGGAUUGGAAUCCUCAAGCCGACUUGCAAGCGAUGGACCGUGCCCACCGAAUCGGCCAAACGAAGCAAGUUAAAGUCUACCGAUUCAUCACCGAGAAUGCCAUUGAGGAAAAAGUGCUCGAGAGAGCAGCGCAGAAAUUGCGGUUGGAUCAAUUGGUGAUCCAGCAAGGUCGCAACACCGCGGGGCUCAAGGAUGAGCCACAAAGUGGGAAAGCAGCUUCAAAGAAUGAAUUGCUCGACAUGAUUCAGCAUGGCGCAGCAGACAUUUUCAAGAAAGAAGAAGCACAAAUUGGAGGAGAAGGAGAUGAGGAGACGGUGGACAUUGAGGAAAUCUUGAGACGUUCAGAGGAAAAGACGCAGGAGUUGAAUGAAAAAUACGCCAAGUUGAACUUGAAUGCGUUGCAGAAUUUCACCAAUGACGAAAGUGUUUACGAGUGGAAUGGAGAGAAUUUCAAAAAGAAGGAGCCCACGGCAAUCACCAACAUUGGCCAUGCCUGGAUCAACCCUGGCAAGAGAGAGCGCAAGGAAAACUAUUCGAUUGAUCUGUACUACAAGGACGUGUUGCACACUGGGGGAAGAACGCAAGGGACAGUGAGCAAGUCUGGGCCCCGGCCACCGAAGCAGCUCAAUUUAUACGACCAUCAAUUCUACCCGCCAAAAGUGUUGGAACUAUAUGAGUUGGAAAAAAACUAUUAUCGAAAGCAAACGCAUUACCAGGCGCAGCUCAAAGCUGGAGACGCAUCAAGUUUGAAACAGCGUGAAUUGGAACAAAAAUUGGAGCAAGAGGAAAUUGACAACUCGCGCGCUUUAACCGAAGAGGAAAGACAGUUGAAAACGGAGUUGAUGAAGCUCGGGUUUGGCAAUUGGAACAGGAAAGAUUUCUAUCAUUUCAUCUCUGUUUGUGCCAAGUAUGGACGCAACUCGAUCCCCUUGAUUGCUAGUGAAUUCGAAGACAAAACCGAGGAGGAGAUCCGCGAGUACGCCAAGGCCUUUUGGAAGAAAUACGAUGAAAUUGAAGGCUAUGAGAAAUACAUUAGCCAGAUUGAGCAAGGUGAGGAGAAGAUUAUCAAAGUCAAGAUUCAAAAGGAGGCCUUGAGGAGGAAAUUGUCGCAGUACAAGUAUCCACUUUUCGACCUUCGACUUAAAUUCCCCCCCUCGUCGAGCACUAAAAGGGUGUACAGCGAAGAGGAAGAUCGGUUCUUGUUGGUGCAGUUGUACCGCUUCGGGAUGGACUUGCCUAAUGUCUAUGACCGGAUCAAGGAAGCCAUCCGGGACUCGCGGUUGUUCCAAUUUGAUUUUUUCUUGCAGAGUCGCAGUGCCAUGGAGAUUGGACGCAGAUGUGCUACUCUUUUAGGGUGCAUUGUGAAGGAGAUUAAUCCUGAGCAGCAUGGCAAGAGCCAGAAUGGGAACGGCAAGAGGAAAGAGGAAACCAUGGAUGGCCCCAAGGCGAAGAAGCUGAAGAAGUAG